UCUCAGUGUUUAAAGAUGGCGGCUGCGGCGGCGGCUGCUGCGGCGGGAGGCGGCGGCGGCUCCUCCUGGGCCUCGGUGCCGCGGGGCCGCUUCCCCGGGCGGCCCGGCGGCUGCCGUGCACGGGGCGCCGGGGCUGGGAGUCGCGCGCGAAUCUCUCUGCUGGCUCCUCAGCUGCUGCUGUGGGCCGCCUCGGGGGACGGCGAGCGGGCCGCGGCGGCGGGGGACACCACCCUGGGGAGCCUCCUGGGCCUCAGCCGGAGUUGGCGCCGCCUGCAGGGCCUGCUAGGUGACAGCAGUGGCGGCAGCAGCAGCAGCGGCGAGGAGGAGCCGGAGGAGUUCCUGGGCUUCCGUCUGGAGGACGAUGCCCCUCAAAGUUCGCUGCGUGCUGCUCUACGGUCUAAAAGAGGUGCAGCUCUUCCAGUGCGUGGCAGGAAGAAGAGGGCACUUGCUGAAGACACCCUUUCCAAGCGGCUGGCCAAGCAGAAGGCUGUGGAAUCCCAGAGGGAGCGCAUGGUGAAGGCCUUGGCCGAGCUGCUUCAGAGGAACAAGAGACCUCCAGGAAGCAUGGGCCAGCUGCUGGCUUCUGGACCCAAAAUUGACAAGAUGCUUCCUGAACAGUCUAAACCAGGCCCAGAGCUUGGUGAAUCCGGAAAACCCACCACCUCUCCCACCCUGUCGCCACAAACAGAGACGCCCCCCAACUCCCUUGUACUGCCCAGGCCACGAGGCCGGCCACGGGGCUCCUUCUCAAAGAGAACCGCUGUGCGACUCGGGCCUCCUCCUCCAAACACCAAAGCUCCAUGUUCCCUCCCUGAACCUGACAGCAGCACUCGGUCACCCUCCCCAUUCCAAGUGGUCGCCCCAUCUUCUCCAACCCCCGAAUCUUUGAAGAAGCCACCUCUCAUCCUGAAGUUCUUCUCAAAAGCGAGGCGGCACAAGUCUGGCCAGUUGGUGGUGACUCAUGUCCGGCUAAAGACCCCCGGCCAUAGGAGGGGACGCAAGAAGAAGUGGAGCGUUGUGCCAAGGAAGAAAUCCUCUCCACUUCCCUCCCAGUCUGUCUUGGAACUGGAGGCCCCCUUGCCAGAGUUGGAUGCCUCUCCCCCAGAACGAGAACAGAAGGAGAACUCUUCUAUCCCAGAGCCUCUGCCAGAGGUUCUUGCACCACAUCCUGAGCCACAACCAGAACCUUCUGCCACGAAGCCAGAACUGCAGCCAGAGGUGAUCGUGCAAGGACUACUGGAAGCUCCGACUGUGGAGCCAGAGGCCUCUGACCUGGAAGCAGAGGCUCCGGCGCCAAGCAGUGGCGUUCCUGCUUCACCCAACAGGGUAUCCUGGAAACAAGGGCUCCAGCAACCUGGUCCACAGAGGGACGGGGUGGGAACCCUUCCUGAGGAGGGGCCUGCUAGCAUUGCCCAUUCCACACGGGCACAGUGCUUGAAACGGGGCCGUGGUCGGCCACCCCUCACCCCGACCCAGCGAGCUCAGAGGGCGGCUAUUCAGCAGCUGCCAGCUAAGGCCAGGGAAGAGGCAGCUCUGGGAGCAGCACAGCAGCCUGGCGUUCCUGGCCACGAGGAAGUGCCAGUUCACAAGGCCAACUUCCUGAAGAAUAUUCGUCAGUUUAUCAUGCCCGUGGUGAGUGCCCGUUCAUCCCGCCUUAUUCGCACCCCCCGCCGCUUUAUGGAUGAGAUCCCCCAGAAGACGGCCAAGCCUGUGGAGAGCCCUGCAGCUGAAGGACCUUGUCUAGACAGGCAGGAGACCCCUGCAUUGCCAUUGCAAGUGGCUCCCCUGCAGCUGACUUCCCCUGUCCCUGGCUCUCCCGAUAAAGACUCCUCUAGGACCCUCUCACCCCCACCUUCUCCUAGCUUGCCUCACAUCACUUCCUCCGCUCCUGCCCUACCUGAGAAGCGCCGUUCCAUCCUCCGGGAGCCCACAUUCCGAUGGACCUCACUGAGCCCCACUUCAUCUCCCAAGGAUAUGGGCAAAGCUCUCUUCCAGCUCCCUUGUGAAGAUUCAUCUCCUCUGUCCAGUGCUCCAGCUCCAAUCCCUUCUCCCCCAGCCAAGCGAACUCCUCUGCUGCGUGCCCCUCAGUUCACACCCAGCGAGGCACACCUUAAAAUCUAUGAAUCGCUGACGGUAUCUCCCGAGGAAUCUGAACCAGUGUCAGCUUCCCCUGAGGUCAGGAGGGACCCCCCGACGUUGCAGCAAGAGGCCCCCAUGCUCCCUUAUGAGCCAGUGGUGACCCGCAGUGGGAAGAGGCUAUUAGGAAGGACAAAUCACCUUGCUUUGCCCCUCUUCACGGAGGUUCCUAGACCACGUGAGGCCCAGGACAAAGAGCUGAUCACCAUGGAGGAUGUCAACUCUCCUGGUGUAGUGCACAAGGUGGCCAUCCGAAGAAUUCUACCUCCAUCUGUCCAUGUGGAGGCAGAGGAAGAAGCUGAUAGUUCAGAGAGUGAGGUGGAGCCAGCUAGCCUGAAGCCCCCUCCGCAAGAGCCAAAGCCCAUUAUAACGCAGCUGUCCAGCAUGGAUAAAGUGUACAGCCUACUCACGCGUGCCAAGGUGCAGCUCUACAAGAUUGACCAGCAGAAGCAGUUCAAAUUUAUUCCGGGGUGUCAAAGCAUCAAGGCAGAGGCCUUUGAGUCUUUAAAGGUCCCAGUUAAGCAGGAGACAACUUCUGAAGUCAAAGUGUCUGUUGAAGAUGGGAAAGAGACCCGGAAGCAGGGCCAGGAGUCUCCAGUCCAGGGGCCCCGGAUCAAGCACGUGUGUCGGCAUGCCUCAGUGGCCCUCGGGCAGUCCCGUGCCAUGGUUCCGGAGGAUGUGCCGCGCCUCAGUGCCCUGCCACUGCGGGAGAGGGAGGAGAUAGCUGCAUCGCCCACUGUGGAGGAGACCUCAUCGGCUUCUGAGAAUGAGAGUGGCCACCAGAAGCAAGUGAAGGCAGAUGCAGCUGUGAAGGCUGCCCCGGCCCCUGUGCGUCGCCAUGUCUCCCACCACCACCACCACCACCACCACGGCAAGAAGAACAGGAUGACGCGCUGUGGGAAGUGCAAGGGCUGCCUGAAGCUUCAGGACUGCGGGGAGUGCAUCAACUGCCUGGACAAGCCAAAGUUUGGCGGGCCAAACACCAAGAAGCAGUGCUGCGUGUGAGUGUGUCGGAAGGUGGAAAAAAUGCUCUCAAAAAAACAGGAGGCAUUGGCGAGGGUGGGCCGUACAGUAGUGAAGCCCAUCGUCCCCUGGGAUUCGGAGGAUUCUCAAGAAGAGUUCCCAGCCCCCUGGGAGGUCAUGCUGGGGGCCACGGAGACAGCUGAGCAAGACUCCUUGCUGCAGCGCAAGUCGGCCCGGCGCUGCGUCAAGCAGAGGCCCUCCUAUGACAUAUUUGAAUCCUCUGACUCGGAUACAGAGCCAGUGUCUGGCUCAGCUACACAUCGUCGGAAAUCCUCCCGGGAUUCAGAUCUGCUUCCCAUGGACUCGGAGGAGCAGAGUCGCCCCCGCAGAACCCCCCUUCAGCCAGUGGUGCAGCUGAAGGCCAGAAAGAAGCCAGAGAAGGAUGUCUCUUCUGGCACCCUUCCAUCCUUUUCCAAUGGGUGGAAUGGGAAACAGAAAUCCACGGAUGGCAUCCACCGGCUCAGGGUUGAUUUCAAGGAAGACUGUGACCUGGAGAACGUCUGGCUGAUGGGUGGCCUCAGCAUCCUCACCUCGGUGCCAGUCACCACCCAGUUGGUGUGCCUGCUCUGUGCUAGCAAGGGCUUCCAUCAGCUCGUGUUCUGCCAGGUGUGUUGCGACCCCUUUCAUGUCUUCUGCCUGGAGGAGGAUGAACAGCCACUGCCCGAGCAGGAGGAAAGCUGGUGUUGCCGCCGCUGCAAAUUCUGUCACGUCUGUGGCCGCAAAAACAAAGCAUCCAAGCAACUGCUGGAGUGUGAGCGCUGCAGGAACUGCUACCAUCUAGCUUGCCUUGGGCCCAACUACCCCACUAAACCCUUCCGUAAGAGGAAGGGCUGGAUCUGUUCGGCCUGCAUACGUUGCAAGAGUUGUGGGACGGCUCCUGGGAAGAACUGGGACACAGAGUGGUCCAGUGACUACAGCUUGUGCUCUGCAUGCUCUGUGCUGUAUGACAAAGGGAACUACUGCCCAAUCUGCUUGCACUGCUAUGAAGACAAUGACUACGAGAGCAAGAUGAUGCAGUGUGCCAAGUGUGACCACUGGGUUCACGCCAAGUGUGAGGGACUUUCAGACGAGGGCUACGAGAUCUUGUCCAACUUACCAGAGAGUGUCGUGUAUGCUUGCCGGCCCUGCUGUGGCAGUGACAAGACCAAGUGGCGUGAGGUCCUCAACUCAGAGCUGCGCAAGGGCCUCCGACAGGUGCUUCAGGGGCUGUUGAGCACCAAAUGCGCCACCCCACUGCUGCAGUGUGCACAGUGUUGUCCGGAUGAUGGGGUGAAGGUUCACCUGCGGCCCUGUGACCUGCGCACUGUCAACAGGCUCUUCGAACAGGGUCACUACUCAUCUGUGCACAGCUUCAAUGAGGACAUGGUGGGUGUCCUGUUGGGGCAAAUGGAAGAGGAGCAGGCUGGCAUGACUGCGAAGGCACUCUACAUUGAGCUGAUGGGAAAGUUCUUCAGCUGGUUUGAUGCUCAGGAUUCAAAGCACUGGACCCGCAACAGCACCCUCCCCAACGGCAUGCUCCCCAACGCUGUCCUGCCUCCAUCCUCCGACCACAUCUAUGCUCAGUGGAGGCAGCCUGAGGAAGUCAGCCCAGCUACGAACAGUCAUCUGACUUCUGCUGGGCCUGAAAACAUGGCUGGGAAAGAUACCGAGCAUGUUUUGCUGCAGAAGCCAUUGGCUGACCCUGAAGACAAGAGGCAGUGCGCCCUGUGUCUCCAGUACGGUGAUGCUCCCUCCAAGGAUGCGGGAAGGCUGCUGUACAUCGGCCAAAACGAGUGGACCCAUGUCAACUGUGCCAUCUGGUCAGCUGAGGUCUUUGAGGAGAAUGAUGGCUCCCUGAAGAACGUUCACGCUGCUGUGGCCCGUGGCCGACAAAUGCGCUGUGAGCACUGUCAACGCACGGGGGCCACUGUUGGCUGCUGCCUCUCGGCCUGUCUCAGCAACUACCAUUUCAUGUGCGCCCGCCUCCGCCACUGCACCUUCCAGGAUGACAAGAAGGUCUUCUGCCAGAAACAUGUUGACCUCCUGGAUGGGACGGAGAUAGUUGCUGAAGAUGGCUUUGAUGUCUUGCGCCGGGUCUACGUUGACUUUGAGGGCAUCAGCUUUAAGAGGAAGUUCAUGGUGGGCCUGGAGCCGGACACAGUCAACAUGAUGAUAGGCUCUAUGAAGAUCGACAGCUUGGGGAUGCUGACGGAUUUGUCCGAGUGUGAGGGGCGCCUCUUCCCUGUAGGCUACCAAUGUUCUCGGAUAUACUGGAGCACGGUGGACGCUCGCAAGCGAUGCUGGUACAAGUGCCGCAUCCUGGAGUACCGGCCAAAGCUGAGUCAGGAGGAGCCAGACGCGCUGGGAGUGCAAGAGGAGAACCACACGAUCGUGCACAGCCCAGCUGCUCCUGCAGACCCUGUCCUCGGAGAUAAGCACCUUCAGGAUGCGCCCCCUCCCCUGCCACCCCUGGAGCGCCAUUCUCCUGCACAGAACCCAGGGCCUCUGCCACCACCGGCGUCGGUGGCCUCCAAGCCCAAGCCUCUCUCCGGAGCGCGCAUCAAAGUGCCCAACUACUCUCCGACUCGGCGGCCCAUCAGUGGGGUUUCAUCCCGCCCCCUGCCUUCCCCUGGGAGCACGUCAUCCAUGUCCCAUCACAUCCUGACUGUGGGUGACCCAGACUUCCCUCCUCCGCGCCGCACGCCGCGUCUCAGCCCUCUGUCACCUAGCAGUGCUCCUCGCACCCACCGGGCGCCCCUGCCACCGCAAGCCACGGCUAACCGGACUAGUCCCCCCAGCACCACUCUCAGGGCAAUGCCGCCUCUCCCAGACCACCCCCCGGCCGGGAGCGGCUUCAGGCAUCCUUCUACCUCAGCCGGGACAGAGGGGCAGCAGCCCCUAUCUACCUCACCCCCGCCUCCCUCACCUCCGCCAGUGCCGCCCGAGCUGGCAUUUGAGCUCAACGUCUCGGACUUGGAAUUCGACGACAGCCUCUUGGACGAGCCAUUCCAGGAGGAGGAGGAGGAGGAAGAGGAGGAGGAGCUGGGGAUGCCGCGGACGUGCCCCCCCUCGCCCAGCCUGGGCUUGCCCCAGUUGGAUGGGCUAGGGGAUGGAGAGAGUGAGGAAGAGGGAGAGCCGGGCCGCUACUUCCGUUUCCCGCGCACCGUGGUGAUGCGGGAGCCACCGCUGCCCCCUUACCCGCUAGACCUUCCCAUGCCUCACAUUCACCAGCUGGACGGCAUAGACGAUGGCACAGACAGUGAGGCAGACGCGGCAGGCGGGCACCCUUCUGCCAAGGGCAAGCAGGCCGAGUCGAGGGGGGAGCGAGAGCUGGCAGGCCCCGCCCCCGCUCCAGAGGACCUGCCCUCCGACAUCGUGGACUUUGUGCUAAAGAACAUGGAUGCGCCCGAGAACAAGGCCCCGCUGCCUCCUUCCUGCCUCAACCAGGUGCCCUUGCCCCCGGCACCCGCUACCUCUGCCAGUCUCAAUGGCACGGAGUCUGCCCAGCCCAGCCCCGCUGCAGAGCUGGCCCCGGUUCUCGCUCUCAGCGCCGCCCAGCUGCCGGGCACCCCUGAAGUAAAGGUACUGGGCCCCGAGGGGCAGAAGCCUGGCUCCAGGAUCAUCCUUGUGAACAAGCUGGGGCAGGUGUGCCUGAAAGUGCAGGGCGAAGAAGGCGGGGCGAGCGCCGCAGACGUGGAGCAGGCAUCCAGCUGCAAGGCCUUGCACAACUCGCCGCCCCCGCCGCCCCCGCCCGCGCCCGCCCCCAGCCUUGGCACCGUCAUACUGCGGGCGCCGCUGGGCCUGGGCCCCGGCCCGUUGCCCACCUGGACCAUCCGUGGCCCAGUGCUCAGCAUGGUGCCCAUGAUGAAUGUCGUGGGCGCCUCUCCUCAGACCGUGGGCAGCGGGCAGUUGGCGCUGGGCACCCCCGCACUGGUGACUCCCUCACUGGGGCUCCAGCAGACCUGCCUUCUCCAGCCCAUGGCAGUGAAUUCGGGGGUGCUCAGCCUCCCGGGCUUGGUGUCCUUGCCGGGGCCCCGCCCAGCUAUCCGGGUCAAGAGAGUCUCCACCUUCGUUGGAAACAUGCCUGCCAAGAAGGUGAAGCUGGACGAGGUUAACGAGGAAGACGAGCCGUUGCCCACAGUGACUCCCGACCACUUGGCCAAUAAUUGCAUGUCAGGCGGUCCAGUGAGCUCUGGCAUUGGAAGGGUGCGGAUGAAGACUCCCACAGCGAAGGGUGUCCUAGACCUGGAUGCACUCAAAGAGGAGGCCGGCGCUGUUGGCGAGGAUGAGCUGUCUCCGAUGGAGCAGGUCUCCCCCUCCUGGACAGCAUUGCACUCCCGCCCUGAGACACCGGAGCUGAACCAGGAGCCGGUGGUAGAACCGGUCUGGCACAGAUACGCAGGGGAUCUCACCAGCUCGGAUGAAGACAACCUGAACCAAGAGGACAAAGAGAACGAGAUGCCUCGUAAAACACAGCCCCACCUGUGCUUUGAGAUCACCAGCGAGGAUGGCUUCAACGUGCAGGCGGACAGCAUUGACGGUGCCUGGAAAGCAGUGAUUGAGAAGGUUCAGGAGGCCCGUACCAAUGCCCGCCUCAAGCAUCUGUCCUUCGCAGGCAUGAAUGGCGUGCGCAUGCUGGGGAUGCAUCACGAUGCAGUCAUCUUCCUGGUGGAGCAGCUGUACGGUGCCAAGGCCUGCCACAAAUACAAGUUUCGAUACCACCAGCAUGAAGGCGAGGAGGAGGAGCUGCCCCUCAACCCCCAUGGCUGCGCCCGAGCUGAGGUCUACGUCAGGAAGUGCACCUUUGACAUGUUCAACUUCCUGGCAUCUCAGCAUCGGGUGCUUCCUGAGGGAGGCCCCUAUGAUGAAGAGGAGGAUGAAGUGCAGCUCAAAUCCACCAGGCGAGCCACCAGCUUGGAGCUACCCAUGGCCAUGAGGUUUCGGCAUCUGAAAAAAACUUCCAAGGAAGCUGUGGGCGUCUACAGGUCAGCUAUCCAUGGUCGGGGGCUGUUCUGCAAGCGUAAUAUUGAUGCAGGCGAGAUGGUGAUUGAAUACUCAGGCAUUGUCAUCCGUUCUGUGCUUACAGACAAGCGUGAAAAGUACUAUGAUAGCAAGGGCAUCGGAUGCUACAUGUUCCGCAUUGACGACUUCGACGUGGUGGAUGCCACCAUGCAUGGCAACGCUGCCCGCUUCAUCAAUCACUCCUGCGAGCCCAACUGCUACUCGCGCGUCAUCCACGUGGAGGGCCAGAAGCAUAUUGUCAUCUUCGCCCUGCGGCGGAUCUUCCGCGGCGAGGAGCUCACGUACGACUACAAAUUUCCCAUCGAAGACGCCGGCAGCAAGCUGCCGUGCAACUGUGGGGCCAAGCGCUGCCGCCGCUUCCUCAACUAGAGAUGUCCCCCAGCCCCUCCUUCCUCAGACCCUCCCCCCAGCCCAGCCCAGCCCUGGUAUCAUGCCGAGGGGCCUGCCGAGGGGCGCAGACAGAGCUCAGCCUCGCCAUGCCUUUCCACGUGGGCCGUUGCGGGACUGACCCAUUUCCAGGAAGCGUGGUUGAAGCCCACUUUGUGUAGGGAGUGGGGGAAGCUCUUGGCAGUGGCCCCGUCAUUUCUGGGUCUGUGGCUUGAAAUUAUGACACGCAGAGAUAUGGGACAAGUGUGGCGAGGAUGGCUCCCCGAACCCCUAAUUUGUGCCCAUUUGCUUUGCAGUCCUGAUUUUCCCUCUCCCCUGCUGGGGUGAGAACAGCAUUUUCUUUAAUUUUGUACUUUUAAAUUUUGUGUUCUCCCCCACUCCCCAUUUAGAAUCUCUUUAAAUGAAAACAAAAAAACAGCAAACCCAGGAGGAUGUAAAUAUUUGUACAAAUUUCUAAACCUGUUUAUUUUCUAUGCACUUUUUUAUUUAAGAUGCUCAGUCAACUCAGCGGUAAAGGGUUGGAUUCUUGUUGGUAUAAUUUUAAAUAAAACACAAUUUUGACACGA